GGCAGAGGCUCCGUCUGGCACCGGGCAGAGGCUCCGACAACCUGCGGCAGCAUGGGGCAGAAGGGACGCGCCGCGCUCCUGCUAGCGCUGCUGCUGCUGGCGCGGCUGCGCCCCGGGAGCGGCCAGCGGAGCGCAGCGUCCUCGGCGGCGGCGGCGGCCGAGGUCCGGGAUCCGCAUGUGCGGUGGAGCCCCGGGGCGCGGAACCCAGGCGGCGGCGGCGGCGGCGGCGGCAGCGGCGCGCGCGCGCUCCUCCUGCUGUCAGCCGAGCGCUUCCCGCGCCGCGCGGGCUCCGGGGCGGCGGGCGAGCGGCAGCGACGGAACGACCCUCCUCCGCUGUCCAUCGACCUCACCUUCCACCUGCUGCGGACCCUGCUGGAACUGGCUCGGACGCAGAGCCAGCGCGAGCGCGCGGAGCAGAACCGCAUCCUAUUCGACUCGGUGGGCAAGUGAUCGCGCGGCGGGAAGCCUUGACCCUCUCUCCCCUACCUCCCCCGGGGCUGGAGCGCGCACGGUCGGAGCCGGCUUAGUCCCGCGGUGCAGCGCCGCCCGGGGGAGUCGCCCUGAACACUCGG